AUGCCUGAACCAGCGAAAGCUGCGCCCAAGAAGGGCUCCAAGAAAACCGUCCCCAAGACCGCCGGCAAAGGAGGCAAGAAGCGCAGAAAGUCCAGGAAGGAGAGCUACGCUAUCUACGUGUACAAGGUCCUGAAACAGGUCCACCCUGAUACCGGGAUCUCCUCCAAGGCUAUGGGCAUCAUGAACUCCUUCGUCAACGACAUUUUCGAGCGUAUCGCUGGUGAGUCCUCUCGUCUGGCUCACUACAACAAGCGCUCCACCAUUACCUCCAGGGAGAUCCAGACCGCCGUGCGCCUGCUGCUUCCCGGUGAGCUGGCCAAGCACGCCGUGUCCGAGGGUACCAAGGCCGUCACCAAGUACACCAGCUCCAAGUAAAGCGCCUUAGUCGCUCUGGCAAACCAACGGUUCUUUUAAGAGCCACCCAUCUU